AUAACGACUAAUAAGUAGCUGCUAUGAAAUCCAUCUGGUGCGUUAUACUGUUGUAUUUAAUUACAUACGCCAGCGUCACUGUCGCCCAAGAUGAUGACGAUGAUGACGACGACCAUGAUGACCACAAUUUUGGCGACGAUGAUGACACUCACGGUCGAGCGGACGACGAAAAUUCGGAAACAGACGUAAGACAAAAGCCCAUAGUACCAAUUCAACUCUCGGACACCUCCGACAGCUUUAUUCGCGGAUCGCUAGAAUACAUAAUGGUAUCGACAAGAUUAAAAUUCAGUCAGGUUAAACUAAUCUGCAAGGAAAAUUACAAUGGAGUCCUCGCGGUAGUCAAUGAUGAAAAGGUCGCCAACUUUUUGUCGGAAGCUCUGUCGGAGACUAACUUGGAUCUGGAUUCGUUAUGGAUUGGAGGGGAAAACAAAACGUUGGAUGACGAAUCCGCCUGGUACUGGACUUCGUAUGAAAGUAUGGAAGCAAUCGAGCCGGCACUUUUCGACAAAUUGGUCGCCUUAAAUAGCGAUAUAUCGGAAAACCGAUUGUGUUUAGCGUUCGGUAGGUCCGACCAUCAAAUUCCGCAGUUCCGUCCGUUGCGGUGCUCGGCUUUGAGGUCCUUCAUUUGCCAAAGAAAGAGGGUUGGCGGACUCGGCGAAGGUAAUUCUACCCAUCCUGGUUGGAUAAGGGCGGCCAGAAGACGGUACAAAAUCUACUACGAUACGGUCAGUUGGGAGAGGGCUUCGACCCGCUGUGCUAGGCACAAUAUCAACGCUGUGCUCGCCGUAGUGCCGAGUUACCUGGUCAGCGAGCUGUUGGGCCGAUAUCUUUUGAUUGGCAGACCAAGUUUGGAAAACGCGUGGAUUGGAGCUCGAUACGACAACGAGAUUAGCGCUUACCGAUUUGAAAGCGAAUCGGAUCAGUCGUUGUCCAACAUCACCGACGCAAACAAGUAUCCUCCAUGGAAAUCAAACCAGAUAACUCGAACGGACGCGUGCGUAUUACUCGAUCGGCAUUUAACGAACAGAACCCUCUUCGUAGAGGCACGCUGCGAACGAUUGCGCUCCUAUAUCUGUUCCAUCGAUUCUACCGAUGUCGAGGACGUCAAUCAUUACAUCGACCUCUUCUUCGACAACUACGGAUAUCGCUACUUCUUUGAUAUGCGUUCGUGGGAGGAGGCGUUCGAGACUUGCGAGACGUACAGCAACUACAACGGAAAACUUGCAGAAAUAACGCACCCCGAACAACUCGUCCAUUUGCUAUACGUUAUGGGCGAAAACCGAACGGACACCAAGCACCUGUGGGUCGGUGGGAAAUACGACGGAAAGGAAUGGGUAUGGGCCACUUCCGGGGAGAAGAUCGACAAAGAUCAACUUAACUUCGUCGCUAAUUUAACGUACACCGAAGACGUCGAAUCCAUGAACAAUUGCUUGAACAUGGACAGAGAAAAUCACAUUGUCGGUUUACAUUAUGGCACGGACUGCUCCUGGAGGCAACACUUCGCUUGUGAUUUCCCCGCCGAUGAUUUGAGGAAAUUGGGCGUCGAGGAGAAGGACCACCAGAAUGACGAAAGACUACAAGAGGCACAGAAUCUGAAAUAUUUAGCGUACUAAGCAGUUGCCAAAUUACGUUUGCAUACAUAUGUACUUGUUCUCGGGGUUCAUAUAAAGGUUUUAUGUGCAUCGAAA